AUGCCUGGGCCACAGCUUGUCGCAAGAUUUCUUGCCUGUUCUGCUCUCUGCCUUAACAUCGUCCUAUCACAAAGUGAAAAGCAGCCGGAACUUGCCGCCAUCCCGAUCAUCAAGGAUGGAGAGCCCCAAUUUGCAUCUGCUGUUGAGCCCCCUCUAAUUCAGCCGACAGAGGUUCGCAAAGUCAUCGUUACCGUGGAACAGCCUCGUGUAAUACCCUACCCAGACACACCUCGCCAUAAAGACGAGAAGGCCAAGCUCCUGGAAAGGCUACCAAAGAACAAAGGCACUUGGAACGGCAAUCACGUACGACACCGUCUUUUAGACGCACUGUACGGGUUUGUCAAGUACCAAGAACGACAGAACGAGGAAUUGGUGCGGCUCCGUGGCCUGUACACCAAUACCGCCAAACAUCAGAAAGCAUUAUUGGAGAAGUUUGUCCAGUAUUCGGAUAAGUUCACCCAAAUCGAAAAGCUUCUGGCAAAGAAUCAAGAGCUCUGCGACCGUAUUGUCGAGUCAUCCCUCUCCUUUUAUGCCAUUGACCGCUCAGAGCUCAAUGAGCACAUAAAAAACUCGGAAAAGGAGGGAAGGAAGGGCGAUAAGAUUUCGGUAUCACAGUCCUUGAAACAUAUCGUUCGUGACUGGACAGCUGCUGGGGGGACCUACGAACGCGACGACUGCUUUGCCUGUCUUACCGGAGUCCUUGAGAAACUCUAUCCCGAUCGAAAUGAACGGUCCAAGCCACUCAAGAUUUUGCUGCCCGGAGCCGGCAUUGGGCGCUUGGGGCAUGAAAUUGCCGAACUUGGAGGCUUCGAGGUGACCAUAAAUGAGUGGUCGAUGUACAUGAAUGUCGCCUACCGUUUCCUCGAAACCCACGGCCAUCGCACCAACUCCGAGACGUUCCAUCCGUUCGUCGACCUCUGGUCUCACCAUGUCAGCACCGCCGACAUGCAACGCCCAGUCACCUUCCCAGAUGCUCCCGUCAACGCCAGCGAGGUUCUUCUGGUCGAGGGCGACUUCACCACUGUAUUCAACACGAAACCGUUUCGACAUUAUGACGUGAUUGUAACAUACUUCUUCAUCGACACGGCUCGCAACCUUGCAAGCUAUUUCGACACCAUUGAAACACUCCUCCGCCCAGGGGGCUACUGGAUCAACUUGGGACCACUUCUGUAUGGAACCGCUCCCUUCGUUCAACUAUCUUUGGAGGAAAUCAUCGUCUACGCCGAGGAAGGUCUUGGGUUCAAGUUCCUGGACGUUGCUGGGCCAGAGUGCGGCGAGCUCACCUUUCCGGAUCGCCACGUCCGAGGAAUGGAGGCGGCGUAUGGUUUCAAUGAUCGCGCUUUAACCAAAAAUGCGUACAAGGCGCAAUUCUGGGUUGCACAGCGGCCUUGA